AUGCGGGAAGCCGGGGCGGCACCGCCCGCCGCCCGCCGCCCCCGCCCUGAGCCGGGACCCCCACCGCCGCACCAGGGGCUCCACCCCUUCCGCCCCCAGCCCCGCUCCGGCUCGCGCGCGCAGGUGGGCGCGGGGGCGGCACUGCGGAGCCGCAGCCGGGCCCGCCCGCCGCCCGCACCCGCCCGGUCCGCAGCCGCGUGCCCGCGCCUCCGGUUCGCGGACCCUUCCCCUCUCGCUUCUGGCCUCAGACACAUUCCCCGCUCCAGCCCCAGGUCCGAGCCUCCUCCGCGGGGAGCGCGCUGCCGCGGCGGCCGGGAGACACCGGCCUGGAGCGCCCCGCACCCCCCCCCCGCCACCCCGCCACGGGGUCCGCACCCACCCCGCCGGCAGCGCCUCCGAGCCCCAGGCUGGGGGGCCUGCGGGUGGGCGAGUUCGCCUCCCCCCGGCUCCGGGGCCGGCGGCAGGGUGCCCGCACCCGCAGUCCCCCCCGGGGAGCCCCGGCGUCCCCGCCCGCCCGCCCGCCGGGCUGUGCCGCCCAGGCCGCCCCUGCCCUCCCGCGCCGGCUGUGCCCCGCAGUCGCCGGCCGUGCCCCGGGGAAAGUUUGCGCUCGCGGCCGCCCCGGAGCCCCGCCGGCUCCCCGCCUCCCCUCCCGGGCCGUGCGGCUCGCCGCUCCCGAGCCCCGAGGGGAGGUGCUCGCCGGGCCGAGGCCGCCCUCCUUCUCUCCCCUCCACGCAUCUCCCUACCCGGCAGCCGGGGCGGCGAGCCGUCGGCGGGGGCCUCCGCCUCCCCUCCUGCCCACGCUCCCGCACAGCUGGCAGGCGCGCAAGGCCGGUGCGCGUCACCGCCCGGUUCUCCGCGGCCGAGCCGCCCCGCGCGCCACGGCCCACAGCGCCCCGCGCCCCGCGCGCCCCAGGCCCUCGCGCCGCCCCUGCGGACCCGUGCCCCGGGCUCUAG